AUGAUCCUGGACGAGAUGGCGAUGCCGCUGAAAAGGUCAUGGUGCCUCUUCGAAUUGCUGCAGACCAUCACGCUGGAACAGUCACAGGUUGGCUUCAAAGGUUUGCUGUUCUGCACGGAGAAUGGUGUCCUGAAUUUUGGAGCCUCCACCGUCGAGAUGUCAAUGCAAAUUGGAGAGCGCCUGUCAACGCUCAGUUUGGAGGAUGCAGAAGCCACCACGGAACAGGACGCUGUGAUGCUGUGCAGCUUGCACUUGCAGCGCUUUCGGAUUUCAGUUGGUAGAAGUCGACAGCCCCAGGACAAGAAUAUGAUCACCCAGCUCGUCUUGCAAGAAAUGGAGAGCUUCGAAAAGAUUAACACGGUUCUCCGAGAGCACAUCGGGCAUGCCCUGGGGAUAUGCCGCGAUCGGGUUGACGAUGACUUCGACACCUUGUUUGUCAAGCUUGGCACCUUGGAUGAGGACAAGCUCCACCUCGCACGGGCGGCAAGGAAGAGCCAGAUCGAUCAUGGUACAGGUAUGGCAGGUCUGAAGAUUUGA